AAGUUAUUGCGUCCCUCGCAGGCUACAACACGCACUCUGCAGACUUUAAAAAUAACGUACGCGGCGUAAACGUUAGGUUUUAUUUGACAGUUUCUAAUAUAAAACUAUCUUUGUUAACAAAAAUAUACUUGUUAUUUUUUAAAUAUCGUGAUGACGUUUUCUCAUUUUUAAAAUAUUAACUUUUGUGAUAUUUAGACUUAGGUAGAAAUAUAAACAAUAUCGUGAUAAUGGAGGAAGAAACAUACGAUGAUCCAAAACAAGUCUUGGUGAUUUUAAAUUCUUUAGGAGUUGUUGGCGUUACGACAUCAGAAUUAAAAACAUUUAUGAAAGAGUUAAAAGCAUACAAGAAAGUGAAAAGAAAAAUGUGCCAACAGUCCAAAGAUAAAAUAAAGAUGAAAAUUCAACAAAAACAAGAUCCUGACAAAAUUUUUCAAGUAUAUAAUAGCAGACAAACAUUGAUUGAAAAAACACUCAGAAGGCAAGAAAAAGAAUUUAACAGUAGACAAACAUCUAUUGAAUCAACACUAAAGAGGCAAGAACAAGAAUUUAAUAGUAGACAAAUAUCUAUAGAAAAAACACUUAAAAGGCAAGAACAAGAUUUUACACCAAGACAGAAUAGUAUAAGUAUGGCACAAAAUGGCACAGAAAUACAUGCAAGCAGUAAGCAAUCUAGUGAAUUUGCUAAUAAAGAAAAUAAUGUUGAAAAUAGGAUAAUAAUUUCUUUAGAAAAUCUAAAGUGUUCAAAAGGCAAAUCACCACAUAAAAAGGCACCUAUGAAACUUACUCAAGAGCAAAAAGAAGCAGAUGAAAUCCAUUCGGUGAGAACAUGUGGAAGUGUAAAAAAAAUUUUGGUAGAACCAGCAAUCAGCAAAUCAAAAAAAUCUGGAAUGCCUACUAGCAGCAGAAGAAGUGAUAACACUGAAUCAUAUUCAAGAUCCAAGUCAUUUAUAAGGCCCCAAAUCCCUUGUACCGAAUCAAAAUCAUCAUUGUCAAGUAAAAAAAUAGCAACUGAUCCUGUAACUUUAUACAAAAAGUAUAAAGAUUUUUGGGACCAAUUGUCGAUACCAGGAGAAGAAAAUCAUACAAAACUAAGGUGGUCUGUACGUGAAAAGAUGCUUGGUCAACAUCCUGUGCCAAAACCUAUUAUACCAAAUAAGAUUCCAAUGCAGAGGUCAAAUUCUUUUAGAAAAAGGUAAUAAAAAGAAAAUUCAUUUAGAAUAAUGGACGAAUUCAACUGGAUAAAUAUAAGUACAUUCAAUUAAGUACAUUCAGCUCAUACAAAAAUAGAAAAAAGUUUACAGAAUAAAAUAGCAUAUUUGAUAUUUUUUUAUUUAACUAAGAAUAAAAAAAGUGAUUUAUCUAUAUAAUCCCUUAACAAAAAUUCCAUUAAAAAUCUCUUUACAAUAACAUAAAACAUUCAAAUAUAAGUAAUUAUCAUAAUAUUUUAUCCUUUUAUUUUAAUUGUGCCUGAAUUUCCAUUAAAUUUGUAACAUUAAUAACAAUGUAUGAAAUAAUA